UCUCUUGAUUUUUGCUUUUAUUAGCUGCUGAAGUGAACCAUCUUUUGGAAUCUGUGGUUGUCUUAGGUACUGGUCCUUUUGAAAUUUAGUAUAGUGCUUUAUUUUGUUACAGCUGAGGUUGUGGCAGGAUCAACAGCAUGGUUGGGUCGAGGUCAUUCUUGUGUAUGUGCUCAGAGUAGAGAGAGUGAUGCUCGUCCAUCAUUUGAUUUAACUCCUUCCCAAGUAAUGUCUAUGAUCGGGUUCACCUGUUCAUCUCGACGUUGUCAUCUAUGAUGGUCAUUUGCCCAUUUCAUCUGUAAUAUGUGAAUUCCUAUCUCCAAAGAAAUAGAAAUCUGAUGAUAGGAUAUCUCAUAAAGUUUUCCUGCUACUUUGUAUACCAUUGAUUACUUUAACUAAUGAGAUUCUCCUGUUGCUUAAUGCUAUCUUCUGAACCUCAUGUUGCUAUACUCUAUAGAUGUCAUUUUGUGACCUUACAUAGUGGCUACUUUUCUUGCAACAUGAUUACUCGUAUAGUACUCCAAUCAUGUAUAAUGUCAUUUUAUUUUCAUUUUCAUUUUCGAUUAUCUUUGCAAAUAUUUUUUGUUUGAACGAAUAAUCUUCAGAAAAUGGAUUUUAACGCGGUGGAGGAAGAGGAAUUUGAAUUCUCAAGAAACUAUUUCUUAGCAAAAGAAAUGGGCAGUUCUGGGAAGAAAUCUGCUCGUAAACUCAGUGAUAUGAACGUCGUUGAUGAACAGAAACUUAGAAAAGCUUCAGCUAAUAUUGAACAAAAGCAUCAAAACGACGUUGCAGAUUUAAUAAAUAGUUGCAAAAGUUUAUACCCAAAAUGGGUUUUUGAUCUCAGGCACUUAGAUUAAGGUCGAAUGAGCUAAAAUUGGAGAGGCAAUUGGAGAACACAGAGGCUGAAAUUUUUUCUUUCAA